AUGUUCUUAAUUUUACAUGCUUUGAAUGAAGAUAUGAUUAUUAUGGGUAGUAAAAUAGGUCCUAUCAAUUUUUUAAUAACUCAUUAAAUUGGAAGUAAUAAGCCUUUUUCAUAAACUAUUAAAGAACAUAGAAGCGAAUAAAUGAUCAAGGUACUAGAUUAAUAACUUGUCGAAAGGGCAAUUUCAUUUUAAUGAUUGAACCAAGUUAAACUAAUUCUGAAUUGAAAAAUAAAUUUGGAAUAUUCACUAAAAAUUAAUUCUUGAACAAUAUGGCUAUAGAAUAUAUUUUAUUAAUAGUCAUUAAUUUACAUUCCAAUCAUAAAAUAAGGCUUACAUGA